CACACACACACGCACGCACGCACACACACACACACACACAGCUGCCGGACACAGAGCUCCACACCCGGACCCAUUUCACUCGGUGCUGCCGGUCACUGUGCGUGUGUGUGUGCACGUUCAUUCAGGCUACCGGGAGCGCGUGCACGUCAAAGCACUUGUUGCUGCUGGGAGUCAGAACGUGAGGAGAUAAAGAGUCUGCAGCAGCUGACUGAAGAACUACGAGCUGCAGGUGAUUCUUCCAGAGCAGCAGGUGGACUUCAACUCCCAGAAUGCCUGAGCAGAGUAACGACUACCAGGUGGUGGUGUUUGGAGCCGGUGGCGUGGGCAAGAGCUCGCUGGUCCUUCGAUUUGUUAAAGGCACCUUCAGAGACACCUACAUUCCCACCGUGGAGGACACGUACAGACAGGUAAUCAGCUGUGAUAAGAGCGUCUGCACGCUGCAGAUCACCGACACAACAGGAAGUCACCAGUUUCCCGCCAUGCAGCGCCUGUCCAUCUCCAAAGGCCACGCCUUCAUCCUGGUCUACUCCAUCACCAGCCGCCAAUCACUGGAGGAGCUGAAACCCAUCUACCAGCAGGUUGUGGCCAUCAAGGGCAGCGUGGAGUCCAUCCCCAUCAUGCUCGUGGGCAACAAGAGCGAUGAGACGGCCCAGCGAGAGGUGGAGACAAAGGAGGGCGAGGCUCAGGCCGCCGCCUGGAAGUGUGCCUUCAUGGAGACGUCGGCCAAGAUGAACUCCAACGUGAAGGAACUGUUCCAGGAGCUGCUGACGCUGGAGAAGAAGAGGGACAUGAGUCUGAGCAUCGACGGCAAACGAUCGGGGAAACAGAAACGAGCCGACAAGCUGAAGGGAAAGUGCAGCGUCAUGUAGAGCGGACGGCGGAGGACUCGCUGUAACCGCAUGGAAACAGCAGGAGUCUCAACAGCUCUUCUUCUUCGUUGGUGUCUGAGCACUGAAGCCCAGAGGAACAAAAAGAUGAGAAUCAAACCGGAACAUUUCUACCGGGGCCCUGGGGCACUGGGGCCCCUUGUGGCCCUGAACUGUGAUUAUGGCCCCAAAAUAUUGUUUUACAUGUUGAGCUCCUGCCACUAACGAAACUGUA